AUGGAAACGCCCGAGCCCUCGGUGAGGGAAUAUUCAGUUGCUCCGUCACUCGUCGAGUCUGUUACUAGUAGUGUUAGUACCGUACGCAGGGCGAAACUGGCCGCACAACUCGCCUCUGAGGAGAGACUUGCCAAUCUACAGCGGCGACAGCACCAAAUUGAGUUGGAGAGUGCUGAAAAAGUCGAGGCUAUCAGAGUUGAGAUGGAGAUGGCGGCCAUAGAGGAAAGAACGUCUGGUGAGCGUAACACGCAUAUGGGCACACCGACAAAUUUGGCACCCACACCAGCACCUCGAGCCAGAAGUGCGCGUGGGCGUUUGGAUAAACCGUCGCCACCGCCGAAACCACCGUCCAUGCGGUCAGCGGUCGGCACUGUGGCAGAGAGUGAGGCAGCAUCCGUAACCUCUCUGCACCAACAGCUGGAUGCACAGCAACGAGAGCACCAGCUUAAAGAGCGUGCAUACCAGGCCAUGCUCCAGCGUCAAUCGGAACCGGUCGAGCAGUUGGCAUCAGCCUUAGGGGCUGCCAUGAAGGCCAUGGCGCCUAACAGCACUGAUCAUAUGAAGCGUUUUGUCGCUCGGCAGAGUGCCCACAAAGAUUUGCCACUGUUCUCUGGGAGCCCCGAGGAGUGGCCCGCCUUCCUAAGCUCAUAUGAGCGGUCAACAAGGGAGUGCGAGUUUUCUCCAAGUGAGAACAUGGCUCGGUUGGCAAAGGCGCUAAAGGGAAAGGCGCGAAACCUCGUGGCGGGAAUGCUGACAGUUCCUGACAAUGUUGACCAGGUGAUCAGCAUGCUGAGGCUCAGGUUUGGCAACCCUGACCUCAUCAUCCAGUCGCUCAUAAAGCGCACCAAGGAAUUAAACAGCAUUAAAACAGUGGAUCUGGAGAGCAUAAUCGAGCUCACCAGUGCUGUGCGGAACCUGGUAAGCACCAUGGAGCUGUUGGAGGAGACGGAUCAUCUCACAAAUCCGCAGCUCCGCCAAGACAUCGUGGCAAAGCUGCCAAAUGAGCUGCGCCUCCGCUGGGGAGAGCAUGUGCAGAGUCUUGGUCGCCGUUCCACGCUGAAGGAUUUGUCAGAUUGGCUGACAGAGCGUGCGGCUGCAGCUUACCAUGUGAGCCCACCAAUCGUUGGCAACACCAACACCAGCGGUGGAGAACAGUCGAAACGGCGGGCCGGUCAACUAAUGGCGACUAUCUCCGAACAGAAGCGCAAACCAAGGGCAUGCGCCUUCUGCGAGAAAGCCGGCCACUCAGUUUCGUCCUGCAAAUCAUUCAAGGAUGUGAGCCAGAGUGAACGGCGUAAGUGGGCCCGGUCUGCAAACCGGUGCUACGUGUGUCUCGGGUAUGGGCAUGGUGCACGAAACUGCCAACGGAGCAAGCCAUGUGGCGUAGAUGGCUGCACGAGUCUUCACCACCCUCUGUUACAUGUGCAGAACUAUGAGCAACAAGGACAACCCAGAGUCUCUGCUGAUAGAGAGCAGACUAACUCCAUCACGGCGGGAUCACACGUGACCUGCAGCAUGCAGAAGCCAUCUGCGAGCGUCAUCCUCCGAACAGUACCGGUACGCCUGAAAAAUGGCGACAACGAAGUGAUGACGUACGCACUGUUUGAUGAGGGAUCUACAGUGACACUAGUAGACACCCAAUUAGCCAAGACCCUGCAAGCGUCUGGCCCAGUGAAGCCGCUGUCUCUCACGUGGACAGAUAAGCAGCAUCAGCACCAUCCUCAGUCCAUGUCCUUGAACCUGCAGAUCGCUGGAUUGCAGGGAGAUGAGACCUUUCAGCUGAGGAAUGCCAGGACAGUGAACAAACUCGAUUUGUCGUGUCAGCCGGUGACGUCUGCAAAUGCGCUGAAGCAGUGGCCGCAUCUGAAAGACGUGCCGGUCCACACACUCGAUAACAAGAAGCCCCAGCUCCUGAUCGGCCAGGACAAUGUCAGCCUGACGGUCGGGCGAGAGGUCAUUGAAGGCGCGCCCAACGCGCCGAUCGCCUCGCGAACCAAGCUUGGGUGGGUCGUGCACGGUCGGUCAUCUCAUCGUCAGGGCAGAGUGGAUGACGUCGUUCUGCAAACCAUCUCUACCGAGGAUGAAGAGCUUCACCAGCUAGUCAAAUCGUCGUUUAGGACUGACGAUUUCGGAGUCAAGGUGCCGCACGCUACAGCUCACAACCGUGAAGAGCUGCGGGCAUUUGAGCUGCUGCAGGCGACAACACAGCGGUUUGACGAGACUAGGUGGGAGACGGGGCUCCUGUGGCGCAAAGACGACCCAGUGCUGCCACGUAGCUACGGCAACGCGUUCAAUCGACUCCGCAGCCUUGAGCGCAAGCUUGACCGCAACCCAUCGCUGCUAGCGAAGUACGACGAGAAGAUUGCUGAGUAUGUCGACAAGCGCUACGCGGAGAUCCUAUCUCCCCAUCAGGCAGCGGUGGACUCCAACACCACCUGGUAUCUCCCGCACUUUGGGGUCACCAACCCCAACAAGCCGGACAAGCUACGGUUGGUUUUCGAUGCUGCAUCGAAAACCGGGGGAAGUAGCCUGAAUGACGCCCUUCUCUCUGGCCCUGACCUGUUGCGACCGCUGCCAGCCGUACUGUUUGGUUUCCGCGAGGAGGCCAUCGCAUUUGGUGGUGACAUACAAGAGAUGUUCCACCAAGUGGUCAUUAGGCCACAAGAUCGCUGCGCUCAACGAUUCCUGUGGCGUGGGCAGGACCGCAACAGCAAACCGACUGUCUACCAGAUGAGGGUGAUGACUUUCGGGUCAACCUCUUCACCGACGUCGGCGCAGUUCGUGAAGAACAUCAAUGCUGCCGAGCAUCGUGACAAGCUCCGUGCAGUACAAGGUAUUGUCGAGCAUCACUAUGUAGAUGACUACUUUGACAGCUGUGCCGAGACCAAAGAAGCAGUCAAGAUCGUGACAGAUGUGAUUGACAUCCACAGACAAGGUGGCUUCCACAUCAGGAACUGGGUUAGCAACUCACCGACUGUGCUUGAAGCAGUGCCGAUUGAGAUGCGCGCACCAUCAAGCAUCGUAAGUCUGGACGUCGAUCCUGCAACGUCAGUGGAGCGUACGCUGGGAAUGAUCUGGGACCCCAGUGCCGACACGCUUGGUUUCCAUGUCAGUAAGCUCCGCCUAGAACAGAUGCUGACAUCCAAAAGCACGACGAAGCGUCAGGCACUCAGCACUGUGAUGUCAGUGUUUGACCCACUCGGCCUCGUCGCCUGUUACUCCAUCAGAGCUCGAGUCCUGAUUCAAAGCAUCUGGCGAGCGUCCAUUGGCUGGGAUGAUGAGCUGCCAAGGUCGCUGCAAGGCGAAUGGACGAGCUGGUGUGAGGAGCUGACGGAGCUCGGCAAGCUGGCAAUACCAAGAUGCUACAGGUUGAAGCCCGGAGGAGUCGCUAACGUCCAGCUUCACGUCUUCUGUGAUGCCAGUGAACUUGCAUUCGCCGCCGUCGGCUACUUUCGCUUUCAGCUGAACGACGGAACAGUCGACACGGCGCUCGUUACGGCAAAGUCCCGGGUCGCACCGCUGAAGCCGCUGUCAAUACCGCGUCUUGAGCUGCAAGCCGCGCUGCUCGGAGCUCGGAUUGCAAACGCAAUCACUAGCAGCCACAGGAUCCAGCCCGACUCCACCGUGUUCUGGAGCGACUCGCGGACCGUACUCUGCUGGAUCAAGUCAGACGGUCGCCGCUACAAGCCAUUCGUCGCACAUCGUGUUGGCGAGCUGUCUGAGCUGUCGAACCCAGAUGAUUGGCACUGGGUGUCGACGAUCGACAAUGUCGCAGAUCUAGCCAGCAGAGGCGUCGCGGUGAAUGAGAUCCCGCCAACAAGCCGCUGGUUCACAGGUCCAGCGUUUCUGAAGGAGCCGACAUCACAGUGGCCAACGGUACCAUCCACCAGUGAGCCUGUUGAGAACGACGCCGAUGAUGCUGAACUGAAGAAGGAGUUCGUCGGACAUGCUGCUCAACGUACAAAUCGCCUCUGUCUGCCAGACCCUGAACGGUUUUCGUCAUGGCACAAGCUUGUACGCACCACGGCAUGGGUAGUCCGCUAUGUCCGUAAGCUGAAGGCUAGUGUUGCAAGGAAGUCGACCAAGCUACCAGCUGAGUUGCUGGCGUCCGAAGUUCAGCACGCACAGACGCUGUGGUGGAAGACCGUCCAGCAAGACUGCUUUCCUGAUGAGCUAGCAUCACUGCAGAAGGGAGAGCCAGUCAGCCGUAGUAGCCGCCUCUACAAGCUGUCAGCUGGUCUCGAUGAUGAUGUCAUCAGGGUGUUUGGUCGAACCGAUAGUGCAGCCGAACUCCGUCCAUCAGCAAAGCGACCAGUGAUAUUGGACCCAGACCAUCGGUACACGCGUCUGCUACUGCAGCAGCACCAUGUGUGGAAUGGCCACCAUGGACAGGAACGCAUGGCGAACGACCUGCGCCAGUGCUACUGGAUUCUGAAGCUACGCGUCGCUGUGAGAAGAACAUGGACCGAAUGUCAGCGGUGCAAGAACGAGCGUGUCAUUCCGCUGCAGCCUGAGAUGGGCCAGCUACCAGAGUGCCGUAUCACAGCCAAUGUCAGACCAUUUACGAACACAGGAAUGGACUACUUUGGCCCGAUGGAGGUCACGGUUGGUCGUCGCCGCGAGAAGCGGUACGCUGUGUUAUUUACGUGUAUGAGCACACGAGCAGUGCACUUGGAAGUUGCACACAGCCUCACUACCGACGCCUGUAUCCAGAGCAUCAGACGUAUGAGUGCCAGACGAGGGCAGCCAGCCGCCAUCUACUCAGAUAACGGCACCAAUCUGCGAGGAGCAGACCGAGAGCUGCGGGAGAGCAUUGGUGAGCUCGAUCAGGAUCGUCUGACUGCCGAAUUGACGGCUCGUAGUAUUGAGUGGCACUUCAACCCUCCAGCAGCUCCCCACAUGGGUGGGGCCUGGGAACGACUCGUGCGAUCCGUGAAAGUUGCUUUGCGAGCAUCACUGACGGAACAGCAUUCACGUGAUGAAGCUUUGCUGACUGUGUUUGCUGAAGCCGAGAGCCUGGUCAAUGGUCGCCCGUUAACGCAUGUACCUCUGGACGCCGAAGACGACGAAUGUCUGACACCCAACCAUUUCCUGAUUGGUACAUCCAGUGCAGCGCUAUGUCCUGGAGUCUUCAACAACGCCGACCUGUGUUUGCGCAAGCAGUGGCGUGUCGCCCAAGCGCUCACAGAGAUGUUCUGGCGUCGAUGGGUCAAGGAAUACCUACCUACGCUAACACGUCGCACCAAGUGGCACCAGCCAUGCCGUCAACUGGCACCCGGUGAUGUAGUUGUUAUAGCUGACGACAAGGCCACACGUGGAGUUUGGCCACGUGGCAUCGUGAUCGCAGUUCACCCUGGCCGAGAUGGCACCGUUCGAGUCGCUGAUGUCAAGACAACCACCGGAGUGUACCGCCGGCCAGUAGCCCGUUUGUGUUACUUGGAUUGCUUCCAACAUGCAUUGAAUCAACUUUAUGCCGAUGAUAUCACACUCUAUAUCAAGCACAAGUCCAUCCAGAUCAUCACAACCCAGCUGAGUGAUUACCUUGCCGCUCUGGAUCUCUACCUAGAUCGGAAGGGACUGGUGUUAAACCCGUCCAAGACUCAGUUAGUUCUGCUCCGGCGACCGGGCACGGAGCUGCCACCUGGCACCGCAGUCAACUGCCGGGGCACUUCCAUAGUCCCAUCUGCUUACGCUCGUUUGCUUGGUUUCCUGGCGUUCACGGUCGUUCUCACCUCCAGUGCCAGCGAUUACACGUCCGUCCGCCUCUUCAGUGGUAUCCCUGAGUUGUUCCUAGCCCCGCACAUGACCAGAAAGAGGAGAUGGGCUAGUGAAUCAACAGUGGACGUAGAUGAGGACGAUCAGAUAUAG